UUAUAAACCUUAUUACAAAGCGGUAAAGCCUAAGUCAGCCUUUACAAAUAUAAAGUACAUUUCCAUCGCACUUUGCUGAUACUGCAUUUCCGUCUAAUGCAUGGAAUUAAUAUAAUGAAAUAAAAAUCAGUUAGAUUCUGGACGCCGUCACACUAUCUAUUGUGCUCUGAGUAAUCUGAGUAUUAAGAGAGACAUUAUAGAGACAUUUCUUCAAGUUUACACUAAAACUAUAUGUGGUUGUGGUAAACAUAUUAAAGUGGUUCCGUAGAACAUUGUCUUUUAUUCUAAAAAAGGACAAACGGGGUCGGCCUACUAACAAAUUGGUGUCAGAAGUGGGAUUGUCAGAGACGAAGUCUUACGACGUUGAGUCAAAUAGACGCUGACAUCCUAAACCUACAGCCAUCACCCGUAUAAUUGAUCGACAGUAAGACUUGACCCAAGAUCAAGCCUGCGUCACUACUUGGACGACGGUCAGCCUCAGCUCUUCAGCCUGAGCCCGCUCCAGCCACAUCAAUAUUUGGACGACGGUCAGCCUCAGCUCUUUAGCUUGAGCCCGCUCCAGCCACAUCGACACUUGGAAGACAUACGGCCUCCACGGUGUAGUGUGAGUCCGCUCUAGACGGCAUCAACGACAUCAUAAACUCCAGGUCUAACUCAUCAACCAUCAAAUUCAAGAAAUUCCACAGUCAAUCAACCGAGUGACUGCCCAACUUACGACUGCAACGUGCCAGCGCCACGUGACUCCGGACUUCGGGUUUCUACUGCGCACCCGAUGAUGCAGGUACCAGCGGCAGCUAUCGUGAUACUAAUAAUGUGCUACCGCAGCACUACAUGCCUCAAUCAGGAAUCAAGCAUCAUCCCGAUCUAUCAUAGCCCCGGGAUUUACUUUGAACCUACAACCAAUAUUAAUUUUUACACUGAUCAUUGGAAAGUAAUCACCCACGUAGACUUAAUUUCUUUAGAACCUUAUCUUAAUAAAAUCGAAUCUCUGCUUCAAGAUACUCUAACAUUGUGCGACAAAAUUGUACCUAAAGAGGAUAGCACAUGCAAAGACAUGUCUAGCCCUAUCGAAGUCUUAUUACAGUCUAAUUCUAUCAAACUGCAAUCAUUAUCGUAUAUCAUUUCAAAUCAAUCAACAAAUAAAGUUAAGAGAUCUUUAGAAUUUGGAGGCGAAAUCUUAAAGUUCUUUUUCGGCACCUUAGAUGCAGAUGACGCCCGAAAAUAUGACGCUGCAAUAGAGUCAUGUAAAAAGAGUGAAACAGAAAUGUUUCAUUUAAUGAGAGAUAACAUUCACAUUGUCAAAUCCACUAUAAAUAAUUUCAACACUACUAUUUACAAACUUAAUCAAAACGAGAUUAAAUUAAAUGCCCAAAUUAAUCAGAUGAACAAAAUAUUCUCUCAAAUUACCAAAACAGAUAACUUAUUAUUAUACACCUCAAAGUUAAACAACCUUCUUAAUAUUAUCGAAGGCUCUUUACUCGCUAUUUCUAAUAUACUAGAUACUACUCUAAACUCUAUUUUAUUCUCUAAGGUUAAUGUACUACAUCCUAGUGUUAUAAGUCCUUUAAAUCUUUAUUUAGAAUUAAGUAGGCAUAGUAGCCAAAUAAACAAAAGGUUAGAUUUCCCUGUUUCUUUAUCGAUUCAAAAUAUUCAUUCUAUAAUUGAUGUUUCUGAAUUCAGUUCUUAUUACUAUAAUAAUAAGGUUAUUUUUAUAUUACGAAUCCCGCUAAUCACUCCUGAUAGGUUCAUGGCCUAUAAAAACAUACCGUUACCUACACCUCAUGAUGACUCACAUAAUACAUAUGCUUUGAUUCAACCUUCUAAUUCUUAUAUUGCAUUAAGUGAUGACAGAUUACAUUAUGCUAUGUUGGACACUCUCGAUAAAUGUAAAAUGAUUAAUAAUAAUCUUUCUAUCUGUGAACUAAAUACUAUAUACUCAUGUAUAACAAACCCUAAUUGUGAAUCUAAAAUCUUAACUGAAGUAACGUUGUCAUUACCUACAGAAUGUGAUGCUAAAUUAUUGUAUGGUCAAAUUGAUAUUUGGCAAAAAUUAAGAAAUAACAAAUGGAUAUAUGUUCAAUCAAAUACAAAUAAAUUGACUAUUAAGUGUGAUGAAAAUAUUGAUGAUCAUUCAAUCACUGGUACAGGAAUUGUAAAAUUGUCACCUAAUUGUAUUGGAUAUUCAAAAACAAUUCAGUUAAUACCUACUAGUUCUUAUUCUUUAAUUACUAAGUCUCCUUUAGAUAUAAGAUUUGAUAUAACAACAGAUGAUUGUUGUAAGAAGGACAUAUUUAAUAAAAGUUUACCGCAGUUGUCGCCAAUCUCUUUGAGUAAAAUUAACUUAGAUUCUCUCAAAUAUGCAACACAUCAGAUGGAUAACCUAGAACAGGAACUGAACAAUUUGGAAAAGGAAUCUCAUUUUAUUAAAUAUGGUCCUUACUACUCUACAUUUACUUACAUUUUAAUUGUGUGUUUAAUUUUAUAUAUAGCUUAUAAAUUAUAUAAAUGUUUUAAGAGUAAACACUCUUCCAACGGUGGAUGUUGUGUGAAAAUCUUUAAUCAAUGUUAUAAUCAAAAAUCUAAACGUAAAUCUAACUUUUCAAAUAGCAUUGAGAUGACGGAAGUGUCUUCCUCCACUGAAGAAGACAAUAAGUCUGUUCAGUCUUUGCCUGUCUCAUAUCCAAAUUAUAAAUCUACUAGUAAAGUUAAUAAAGUCAGAUUUUCAUCAAACAGAAACCUUAACUUUUAAGAUAAUGUAAACCUUUUUAAUUAGUAUAUUAUUUUAUUUGGGUACUUAAUGUAACUUAAUUAUUAAUUACUAUUUUGUAAAAUGUGUUAAAUGUCUCCCUUAAUGCUUACAUCUUCAACAUUGUAAAACUGCGCUUCAUCUUAACGAGAUAAAGCUUCGUUUAAGAGGGGGAGCUGUUAUAAACCUUAUUACAAAGCGGUAAAGCCUAAGUCAGCCUUUACAAAUAUAAAGUACAUUUCCAUCGCACUUUGCUGAUACUGCAUUUCCGUCUAAUGCAUGGAAUUAAUAUAAUGAAAUAAAAAUCAGUUAGAUUCUGGACGCCGUCACACUAUCUAUUGUGCUCUGAGUAAUCUGAGUAUUAAGAGAGACAUUAUAGAGACAUUUCUUCAAGUUUACACUAAAACUAUAUGUGGUUGUGGUAAACAUAUUAAAGUGGUUCCGUAGAACAUUGUCUUUUAUUCUAAAAAGGGACAAACGGGGUCGGCCUACUAAC